GCGAUGCUGGAGAAUGGCUCCCUGAGGAACUGCUGCGACCCCGGCGGGCGGGGCCGCUUCGGCUUGGCGGAGCGGGAAGGGGAGGCGGCGGCGGCGGGUGCCCCGCGGCCCGCCUGGGUGGUGACGGUGCUCUCCGGCGUGCUGAUCUUCACCACCGUGGUGGACAUCCUGGGCAACCUGCUGGUCAUCCUCUCCGUCUUCAAGAACCGCAAGCUCAGGAACUCAGGUAAUGCCUUUGUGGUGAGCCUAGCUUUGGCUGAUCUGGUGGUGGCCUUGUAUCCAUACCCACUGGUCCUCUUAGCAAUUUUCCACAAUGGAUGGACAUUGGGUGAAACACACUGUAAAGUGAGUGGCUUUGUGAUGGGACUAAGUGUAAUAGGCUCUAUUUUCAACAUCACUGCAAUUGCAAUAAACCGAUAUUGCUACAUAUGCCAUAGUUUUGCCUAUGACAAAGUGUACAGCUGUUGGAACACGAUGCUGUAUGUCUCCUUAGUCUGGAUAUUAACAGUAAUAGCAACUGUGCCAAAUUUUUUUGUUGGUUCUUUAAAGUAUGAUCCACGCGUCUAUUCAUGCACAUUUGUUCAGACUGCAAGCUCCUACUAUACGAUAGCUGUUGUGGUAAUUCACUUCAUUGUCCCCAUCACCAUUGUGAGCUUCUGCUACCUUCGAAUUUGGGUUUUAGUGCUUCAAGUCAGAAGACGAGUCAAGUCAGAAACAAAGCCAAGAUUGAAGCCAAGUGACUUCAGAAACUUUCUUACCAUGUUUGUGGUAUUUGUGAUUUUUGCAUUCUGCUGGGCACCUCUCAACUUCAUUGGACUGGCUGUAGCUAUCGAUCCUAUGGAAAUGGCACCAAAAGUUCCUGAAUGGUUAUUCAUUAUAAGCUACUUCAUGGCCUAUUUCAACAGCUGCCUUAAUGCAAUAAUAUAUGGACUUCUUAACCAGAAUUUUCGGAAUGAAUACAAACGAAUCUUAAUGUCACUGUGGAUGCCAAGGCUUUUCUUCCAGGACACAUCCAAAGGAGGAACUGAUGGUCAGAAGAGCAAGCCUUCUCCUGCUUUAAACAACAAUGACCAAAUGAAAACUGAUACCUUGUGAAUGUGUAAUAGUCAAUGCAGCAGUUUGUCAGGGAGAAAGCCAAGAAUAUCAUUAUAAUGUUCUGGUCUUUCUUGCUUACUUUUUGGGGGCUUUCCAUUUGGAUGGCACUUUGUGACUGGAAUACUGUCUUCUUGAUAAAGCACGUUGCUCUCAAUUCAUGAUUUAUACAAGAUAUCAAUUGAAAAUGCAUUUCAGGAUUAAACCUUCACGUCAGUGCAAGCUGUUUUAGUUCUGAGACCUGAAUUCUGCCCCCAGACAUAUGAAUGAGGCAUUUUUUUACUUCAGUGGGAGUCUUGCAUUCUUUAUACAAGAUCAGGAUACAUUUCUUGGAAGAUGUAGUGAAGGUAGUUGUCUAUUAGCAUGGCAGCUCAUCAAGGCUGUAAAGUCAUAUUUUCCUCCCUGCUGUAUCUGAACAAAAAGGGUGUGCAGAUAUUCUGUUUUCCACACAUAAGCCAAACAUCACAUAUCUGUGCAUGUACAGAUGGCAGUAGAAAUAUCUUUGAACCAAACUUGUAAAUUGGAGAGACUUGUGUAAAAGCAAAUUUUACCAUUAGAGCCUUUCCUCACAGGUUUUCCAUAUUACAUACACUGAGAGUGGGAACACAGUGUGUUUACUCUGUUCAUCUUUUGUGGUCAAUUUUAUGAUAGAUAAUAUAAUACAAAUGGUUGAUUUCUUACACAUUUACUUUACGCUUUGUUCUUCCUUUAGAGAGGAUUGAAUUUUCAUUGCACUCCUUUUAUUUACCUAAAUAUAUACAUCCAGUGUCAUUUGAUGCACUUUAGCUCACCUUACAGAUUUGCAACAGGCUGGAAAUUAUGGCACAUGACCUGUGAUUGUCUGGAAUGGCAGCUGGACAUCAGGCAGGAUAACCUAGAUCAGGUCAAAUGCUGCUAGACCAAAAGAAGCAGCCCUUUUGACUAUAGUGGUGGCUGAGACACUUACCUCACUUGUCUAUACCUAAUCUUGAACAAAAUCCACUGUUGGUGUCCAAUCUAAGAUAAUCUUCAAGCUUCCCUAUUGUGGAGAUACGUUUCCUUCCAUCUGUGAUGAUGAUAAACAGAAAUUCAGAGAUGAGAUGAUUUGCUUUGUGGAGGUGCUGGUCUCCUUUCAUUACUUUAGAAGCAGCUUUGAUUACUAGUUCAAACAUCUCCCUUUGGAUAGCUAGACAGGGAUUAAUCUUGCCUAAUUUGGAAUGACUCCAGCAUAGGUGUAUGCACACGAUUUAUUUUCUAAAUUCCCACUGUAGCCAAUGGAGUUCUAGGAAAUGAUUAAUUUUAGCUUGAAGCAGGUAUCUUUAUUGGUCAGGGGAACUGAUCGACAGAACUUGCUGACUGUAUCUUCAUUUACUGUAAUGGAGAUCAGGCAGGUCAUGUAGACACAUUUCAGGCAUGUCAGUUAAAAUAUUUUAUCAUUAGACCAUUGCAGCAUUGUUCAGGAGAAAGGAGAUAGGCCUCUGGUAAAUCCAUGACACAUAUUGAAAUAGGAAAAGGAGGAAUUCAGGUUGCUAUUACAUUCCACUUUGGGUUUCCCGAUCUGGCUAUUAUGAAAAAUAUUUCUGUAGUGAUGUUAAUUUGUACACCAAUAUACUGCUCCUGAAGCCAUAAAGACGUAUUAAACAUCAUCCCUAUGUUAUGAUACUUACAGAAAAACCCCAAAGAAACACAGUAUUUUAAAUGUUUUAUUUGCUUGCCAAAAGUCUAUGUAAAGUACAGCACAGUAUCAAAUGUGAUGAUUCUAGCUUAUUUUAUGUUCUUCAGGUAAUUUCUGAUAAUCUCUGAAAUUCAGUACCCUAGGACUCAUAGCACAGUAGCCUGAUGGAAGCUGAGCACUUUGUAAAGAGGGGUAAGAAAGAGAUGGGAAAAAUUUAGCCUGGUGAUAGAUAAUAAAAAUAUUGUAGCUGAAAGUAACAAUCAUUAAUAUGUAGGUUCUACUUGGAACAUAAUUCUGUAAGACUGACAGAGUUUCAAUAUGUAUUGUUUUUCUUCAUGGCUUCCACACCAAGGUACUGAACAUAGAACUAAUAUAUCUGUAUGUCUACAUGUGAAACUCCCCUUAGAGUAAAUAAGGAACUUCAAGAGUUUGAGAAACUUGCAGGAAAGGACACCACGUCCACUUCAUUGACAAUCCUGCUUUUUCUGACUUCUAUGAGUACUCAAAAUUGUAACUUGAAUGUCAAAAUUUAUUGACUGACUUGUAGAUGAACUAGUAUUAGAAAUAAAUUGAUUAACUUUUGUUUA